AUGGCGUUCAGUUUCGUUGCUCUCGCCUAUGUUUUCGCACUUAUUAUUACAGCAGUGCUAAUAUUUCUGACAAUUUAUCAUAUAAUUGCCUUUGACGAACUGAAAACAGAUUAUAAAAAUCCGAUCGAUCAAUGCAACAGUUUGAACCCGCUCGUUCUGCCCGAAUACGCCAGCCAUUUGUUUUUUAAUUUGUUUUUCCUUCUAACACAGCAAUUUGGUUCGUUCUUGUGGAAUUUACCGCUGAUCGUCUAUCACUGCUACAGAUAUAUGAAUCGUCCGAAAAUGAGCGUUCCUGGCCUUUACGAUCCAACUACCAUUAUGAAUGCAGAUAUCUUGAACAGUGCCAUGCGUAUUGGCUGUAUCAAACUCGGCUUCUACCUGGUGUCAUUUUUUUACUACCUUUACAGUAUGAUUUACACGCUAGUUUCGAUUUAG